UUGGGCUACCUGUGGUAUUAUCGAUUCUGUCUUGCCUUUCAAAAUGGCGGACGAGACUCUUCACAUGAAAAUUGUUGAUGAUAAUCCUUCCGUUGUUGAUGAAACGGGGUUCAUAACCCCGGAAAAACCACCACUUCGGAAACGAAUUGGGGCAUUUCUUUUUAAGAACUACCUCCCGCUGGCUUUAAUAACUCUGGUAUUUUUCGGGAUUUUAGUCCCCGUACCAGGGGUUGCCUUUAGCAAGAUAAGCUUUCAUUACGUGUGCAUUGUUGGGUUGUUUUUACAUAGCGGCAUCAAGCUUCGCACUGGUGAAAUCAAGGAGUCGUUACGAGCAUGGAAAUCACUGAUUCUAAACUUUAUAAUCAUCAUGCUUUUAACCCCAAUUAUUGCGGCAAAGCUAACAAGUUUAUUACCGUUUGAUAACGAUGAUAGCGACUGGACGAGUAGCAGUAGGAAUUCCACAAAUGGCUCACGACUUGUUAAUAGAACUGGGGAGAUAACAAGGAGUGCUGUGCUCGGCCCAGAGACAUUCAGGGCUGGUAUACAACUGUAUUUUAUCGUGCCUUGUACGAUAUCUGCUGGAGUGGUAUUGGUUGCCCAAGCUGGAGGAAACUCCACCCUAGCCCUCAUGACCACCAUCAUCUGUAAUAUCAUGGCGGUGUUUAUUGUUCCCCCAAUGAUGAAGUGGUUGAUGUCUGUACAAGGAGUUCAAAUUGAUGUUCUUAAUCUCUUACUCAAAUUGGUUCUAACUGUACUUCUUCCACUACUGGUUGGUAAAGGAUGUCGGUAUAUCCCCAAGGUGAAACUCUUUGUCAAAAGGUUCAGCGACACCCUUAAACUCAUGAGCAUCACUCUUUUAGUCAUGAUUCCCUGGAUAAAGGUCAGCGUCUCAAGUCAGGGAGGUGCAUUCACCACUAUCCCGGUGACUGGCAUGUUCGCUGUUCUAGCCUGGGGUCUAUUACUUCAUCUUUUCUUCAUGGUCAUGAACCUAGCCUUGUGUAGAGUACUUAAGAUUGAAGCACCUGCCACCAAAUGUGUUGUGGUACUUGCAAGUCAGAAGUCUUUGACUGUCGCUGUGACUGUUAUGUCGCUGCUGCCGAUAUCUGGUCCACGGCAGGGCUUAAUGGCAUUACCCAUGAUUCUUAUCCACCUUGGUAUCUUGGUAUUGGAUGCAGUGAUAGUCACCUUAUGGCACAAUUGGGACGUUAGGAAAGCUAAACGUGAAGAGGUGAUAUUAGCAGACAAAGACUGCAGUGAACAAAGACAUUCUGGAUCUAGCAUUGAUGAUCUUUCAACUGUAAGAAACGAAACAUUUGAUAUGAAAUUGAUAAAUAGCUCUCAUAAGGAGAAUGCAGGUGACCAUCAAGAACUGCUAGUUAGAGAUUAAUUAGGAUGAAGGAAAAUGACGACCUUCUCUGUGCCCCAUCUCAAAUGUGCACCUAUUUUAUUAUGGUUGCACCCUAAAAAGAAUGUUCCAUAACCUGCAGCAGUUUAUAGGUGAAUGUACAAAUUCUUGCCCUGAAAGCCAUCUGAAUUAUAGAGGAAUUAAAUGGGGAAAAAUUUCAAUUACGCAUCUGCUAAACACUGCCCCUCAUGGUUUAAUGACCUUAUUUGAAAAUAUUGAAUAUAGUAAUGGUGUGUCCCAACCAUAAGCAGUUCGGGAUAUUGCCUUUUCGGGAAAAACGAAUGAACAAUGGACUGGUCACUGAUCAAAACAUUAGAACUUAGUCUCCCCGCAAAUUGCUCACGGUCGGGCUGAUAAAUCUAAUACGGCAGCGCAAAGAGGAGAGAUGAAUGCGAAGUGUUUCGAAGUUUUGUAUGGCCAUUUAUCUACUCCUUUGAGAAAAGCUUAAGGUUAAAUAGACAUUCAGGGACACAAGUUAGAGUCAUGGAAAUCAGUAAUAAUAAGCUUAAUUCUUGACGUGUUUGUAAAGGAAGCUUCAUCUGUUCAUCCUGCUUCAAUAUACCUGGGAAACUAGUGACAGCAAAGGCAAUUCUGUGCAGGGAGAAGCUAGACAAUUUUCUGAUCAUCUUUUAUUACUGUUUUUGUUCUCGAAAUUGUUAGUGCCACGGCAUGAUAUUGGCAUUUGCCAUAAAGCCUUCUUUAGAAAGAAGAACCAGAGAGAAAGCCUCCAUGGUAAAAUAGAAAGAAGGGAACCGCAAAGGAGGCUAAUUAAGCUUCAGAUCAAGGAAGUUUUUUUUGUUUUAUUAUCAGUCUUCUAAAAUAACAAUUCACAGCAAGUCUCUGUUUAAUAAACACUUUUCCUUGACCUUUUUAUACAUUUUCAUUCCAGAUAAGCUGCAGAAAACCAUCAACUUUUAUAAUAAGGUCCAAUUUUACAUGGCAAAGUCUAUAUAAAAAUACAAUUAGCAUGUUAAUUUCAAUGAAAAUAUUUAAACCAAUUUAAGAGAUGUGCAUUCACAUACUUAUGUCAUAAAAGUCAAAUUGAUUUUUUCUAACCUUAACUGAGUGUUAAUACUGCAAAACAAGUGGUCAUCAACUAUUUCCUUUGCCUCUUUUAUUUGAAAAAAAUUAGAGUGAUUUUCAUUAACCCAUGAACUACACUUUAGCAUAUUACACUUUAUUGGGUGCAUACAUCUGUGCUGUAACUGCAAUUGACGCAACAAUUGGAACGCAACUACUCCGGCUAGUACGGACUCUGGCUAGUGCGGACUCUGGCUAGUACGGACUCUGGCUAGUGCGGACUCUGGCUAGUGCGGACUCUGGCUAGUGCGGACUCUGGCUAGUGCGGACUCUGGCUAGUGCGGACUCUGGCUAGUACGGACUCUGGCUAGUACGGACUCUGGCUAGUACGGACUCUGGCUAGUACGGACUCUGGCUAGUACGGACUCUGGCUAGUGCGGACUCUGGCUAGUGCGGACUCUGGCUAGUGCAGACUCUGGCUAGUGCAGACUCUGGCUAGUGCAGGAUUUUUAUUGCAGUAGGAAAACCUAAAAAUACAUACAGUGUUACUGAUAGUCUAUAAUAAACUGAUGUUGUGCCUUGUACCUUGUAAUAAAAAUAUCUGACUUAUCAACGAAAUAUAGUCGAGCCAAAGAACGCGACUACAAUUGGAGAAGAAAAAAACUCGAUGCUGGAAACUAGUACUAACUAAGGCUUAUGUGAGGUGCAGGAUUUUUAUUGCAGUAGGAAAACCUAAAAAUACAUACAGUGUUACUGAUAGUCUAUAAUAAACUGAUGUUGUGCCUUGUAA